AUGUAUUUAUAUGCCAAGCUCUAUUUUAUCUUCUAUUCCACUGAAUCAAAACCCCAGCUAUACUUCUCUGAUGUCACCACUAAUUUUGGCGAUUGUGCGGCUCGUCAUGCUGCGCUCCUCGAUUGCCCGGGUCGGCAAUUGCUGUCAAACCCUGUCCGCCAACGGAUCCCGUCGCAAUGGCUGUCCAGAGCCGGUGCAAGCAACCGGCUGGCAGGUCAGCGAUUCUUCGCUGAUUCUAAGCCCCCUACCACCGGUGGUCCCACACCAGUCUCCCCUUCCUCCGAAUCCAGUGUCCCUCCCGAGACCAUCUCGAAGGCCGCUGAACAAGAAUCUAAGCUUCCUCCCUCGCCCCCGGCAGCUGCUCCCCGCAAAUCCGGUCGUUUCCGUCGGUUCUUGAUUUAUCUGAUCCUCACAUCCGGCUUUGCCUAUGGUGGCAGCAUCUUCCUGGCCCUGAGGUUCGACAACUUCCACGACUUCUUUACCGAGUACAUUCCCUACGGUGAGGAAUCUGUUCUUUACUUUGAGGAGCGCGACUUCUACCGCCGCUUCCCCAAUGCCUUGAGACACCCAAACCGUCUCCCGGCUGCACCCCGAGAAGAGGGAAAGCCCGUGACAAUUCCUAGCAAGAGCGGUCUGUCCUGGAAGGUUGCUGAAGAACACAAGGCCGAUGCCGAUUCUAAGAAGGCAGCGGCAGCUCACGAGGGACAGAUUAAGCCCGCGGCCGCUAAGCCCGAGGAGCGGAACGCCGCAGUCGUGAAGGCCAAGGAAGACACGGCCUCGAAGCACAGCACCAAGGAGACGAAGCCCGAAUCCGAGGCGAAGAGCCCAGUCUCACUGGAUGAGCCCAGAAAACCUGCUGUUUCUGCGAGCACCAUUGAAUUGCUCCAGUUGCAGGAUGGUGAUGACUCUGUUGUUCAGGAUCUGGUUAAGACCUUCAACGACAUCGUUACCGUCAUCAGCGCCGAUGAAAACUCCAACAAAUACUCUGCUCCUGUCGCCAAGGCCAAGGGAGAAUUGGAGAAGAUUGCCGAGAAGAUCGCUGCUAUUCGCAGUGAGGCUCGCAACACUGCCCAGGAGGAGCUUAACAAGCUACAUGCUACCUUUGAUGAGUCGGCACGUGAAUUGAUGCGCCAGUUCGAGGAAGUGCGUUCCACUGAUCUUGCUUCGUUCCGUGAAGAGUUCGAGGCCGAGCGCGAGAAGCUCGCCCUGGCAUACCAGCAGAAGGUCAACACCGAGCUCCGCCAUGCCCAGGAGCUUGCUGAGCAGCGUCUUCAGAAUGAGCUCGUUGAGCAGGCCAUCGAGUUGAACCGCAAGUAUGUUCACGAGGUCAAGAGCCUUGUGGAACGCGAGCGUGAAGGCCGUCUGAGCAAGUUGACUGAGCUCACCGCCGACGUUAACGAACUUGAGAAGCUCACCGCUGGAUGGAGCGACGUUAUCGACGCCAAUCUCAAGACUCAGCAGCUGCAGGUCGCCCUGGAUGCCGUUCGGACCGUGGUCGAGCAGCUUGCUGCUGGUGAUGCCGUCGUCGAGGCUGCCAUCGCAUCUAUCAACCCCACCGCUUACCAGCGUGGUAUUCCCUCCACUACGCAGAUCUUCGAGCGUUUCCGCCGAGUUGCAAGUGAAGUCCGCAAGGCUAGCCUGCUGCCCGAGGAUGCCGGUGUGGCAAGCCACGCUGCCAGCCUUGUCCUGAGCAAGGUUAUGUUCAAGAAGGAUGUUUUGUCUGAGGGUGAUGACGUCGAGAGCGUUCUGGUGCGCACUGAGAACUUGUUGCAGCAGGGCGAUGUUGACGCCGCCGCUCGGGAAAUGAACACCCUCCAGGGCUGGGCUAAAAUCCUCAGCAAGGACUGGUUGGGUGAUGUUCGCAAGGUUCUUGAGGUCAGACAGGCUCUCGAAGUCAUCGAGGCUGAGGCCCGCCUCCAGUGCUUGCGGGUUGAGUAA